AUGACGUUCUCCAAUGCCAUUGGGUUUCCGCUCAUCCUUGGUCCCCUCGCGUCGGCCUUUUACCAUGUGACCGCCACCACGUCCCCGUCCGGGGUUGAAAUUUGCCAAGGCCAUAGCUGCUUCAAUCCGACCUUCCUCAUCUGUGCAGCGCUCAAUGCAGUGUCCUUGUGUGGGUCUGUCCAACUGCAUGCGUAG